UGUUGGAUGGUGACUUGCCGAUUCAGGUCGCUUCGUGUCGGUGGUGCUCUCGGGAACAAUCGGGUUGGUGCGCUGCUGACGGCUGGUCGCCAUGACUCAGGAAGGGUUUCCCACAAUGGAUGGUAAGAACAUCUCAGUAAAGGCCUAUCUGGCACUGGAAGAUGGCAACCAGGAGAUCCGCCGGUUUGGCCUGGACAGCUCAGCUGCCACCAGCUUCUCCUAUCUGCAAGGCAAGCUGCAAGUGGUGUUUCCGAGCCUACUGCGCCAGCAGUUCAACAUCCGCUGGGAAGAUGCUGAUGGUGACGCCAUCACAAUCAGUUCUGACGAGGAGCUGCUGGUGGCGCUGGUCAGCUGCCUGCAGGUGGCAGGCCAGCAGACACUGCGCCUGCACGUGGUACCCACCGGCCGGAGCCGGCAUGCUGCUGCUGCCGCCACCGCCGCUGCUGCUGCUGACACUGACGCAGCCGACGGCCCCAUCCACCGCGGCGUGUGCUGCGACGGCUGCGAGCAGACCAUCUGCGGCCACCGUUACAAGUGCAUGAGCUGCGACGACUAUGACUUGUGCGCUGGCUGCGAGGCGCGUGGCAUGCACAAGGAGCACCUGAUGCUGCGCAUCCCCAGCCCAGAGCAGGUGUGGCAGCCGGUGUUCCGACACGGACGGCGCAGCGGCCGCCGCGCCGGCCACUGCACCGCCUGGGGCGGCGGCAGAUGCGGCUGGCCGGCCGGCAUGAGCUGCCCGGGCGGUCGCAGGGCGCCCGCGUCCGGCGCUGAACAGCAGCAGCAGCAGCAACAGAAGCAGCCCAGCAACUUCUUCGAGGCAAUCCACUCGGCCAUGUCGGCACUAGGGGGCUUCGGGCCUGAGGCGGACCCCGCCGGCGCCGCCGCGGCCGGCCGCUGGACGGAGAAGAGCCUGGAGGAGCUCGGCCAGACCAUCGCGGCCGUGCUCGACCCGUUCGGCAUCGACGUCGACGUCGGGGUGGAGUCGCGCCAGAAGCGGCCUGGCCCGCUGGACCCGCGCAUCCAGCGCGCGCUUGACAUCAUGUCCGCCAUGGGCUUCUCCAACGACGGCGGGUGGCUGACGCAGCUGCUGCAGGCCAAGCAGGGCGAUAUCGGCGCCGUGCUGGACUCGGUGGGGAUCGGCGCCAUUCCACCCGGACUGCUUCAGGCUCAGGAAGUCGACUGA